GUCUUGGAUUGCUUGGAGUCCGCGAAUAUUUUGUUUUUUUUCUGAUUCUGAUUAAAUACUAUAAAAUACGAUUAAAUAAAUUGAAUUAUGGCAGACGAUAUUCUGUUUGAAUUGCUACAUUCCGAAAUAAUUAACUAUGCUUUAGACCAAUCCAAAUCUAAUGACGAUGCUGCAAAAAAGGAAGUGGAUCUUUCUAAUGUUGAAUAUAUUGGAUUCGCUGCUGGUUAUAAAGUGAUGGAAAGGUUGACGCGUGAGUGGCCGCGUUUCAAAGACGAACUAGAUACUAUGAAGUUUAUUUGUACUGAUUUUUGGACAUGUAUUUAUAAAAAACAGAUAGAUAACUUGCGUACUAAUCACCAGGGAGUUUAUGUGCUGCAAGAUAAUUCCUUCAGGUUCCUUACAAGUUUCUCCAAUGGACAACAAUACUUGGAAUAUGCACCACGGUAUGUUGCCUACACUUGUGGCCUGAUAAGAGGUGGCCUAGCAAACCUGAGUCUCAACAGUGUGGUGACAGCAGAGGUGCAAGCAAUGCCAUCAUGUAAAUUUCAUAUUCAUGUUCAAAGAACCUAAAAGUUAAAAUAUUUAUAUCCAGUUAAAUUAUAACAUACUAUCAAAAUUAAAUCUCACAUUUGGUUUCAAA